CCCGCCCCCUCCGGCCCCCGGCCGGGCAGGGCUGGGCGGCCAUUUUGGGCAGAGCUUUGUUAUGGUUGUGGGGCCGCCGGAGCCGCGCCAGGGCCCGCCCGUGACUACAGUUCCUGUCUCACCUCUUUGAUGGAAGAGGACUAUGACCCAGAAGUGAACUCUUCACUGUAGAACAAGAAGCUCUUGUGGAUUAAUUGUGUCCCUUUAAAAGCAGCACCCAGUCUACAAAAAAUAGAGUAGAAGAGAUUAUUUUUGGACCUGGCUUUUUUUUGUUCAUAUGACCUAUGUUUCAGCAUGUAAAUGGUGAAAAACAGGGAGAACAUUUGUGCCUGCUUCUGAGCUUUAUAUCAAGUAGUGCUUAGCUCUGUGGAGCAUUAGCCAAGUUACGUGAAGACUAGAGUAUAUCCUAACAUUCAUUUUUUAAAUAUUUUACCUUUUUUUAGCAGAUGUACAUGAUAAAAAUGAAAUUUAUAUUUUAAGAGCACUUGGGCAGAUGCAUCUUAUUUAGAUCUCGGCAUUUAGGGCAAACAUUUUUAUGUAACAUCUUUUUUCCAGAGUGUUUAGAUUGAUCUGCUGCAGAUCAUGAACUGUCCAGCAGCCUUGAGUGUAUCUGUUCAGUAUUAACCAUGAUGUUGCUCUGAAUGUUGUCACGCAGACUUGACAAACCUUUUUGUAAUGUAAAGGCUGAUUUCUCUACUACCACGACCAGAGGAAAUUUAAUGAGGUGAACGUGGGCGUGGCUUUUUUAAAUAUAAAUUACCUUCUUAGGUAUCUUUUUUUUGUAGUGAGAGUGCAAAGAGAGGGUAAAAUGAGCAGCUGAGGGGGUGAAGGGCGCAGUUGGCACGAAGUGCGGCCUCUCGUGCUCUGCUUCGAGACGCACUAUUGCCUCAAGGCUGGCCUUCCAGAGCUCUGCACAAGGAAGGAACCCAGAGGUCACUGAAGCACACAGACUGAGGACAUUGGACUGCAGAGGCCAAACUCAGGAGCCUGGCCAUGAGGUUUGAUGCCUCAUUUUAUUGAAGGGAGACACUGGACCUAAAUGGCGCAGCAUGACUUUGUUCCUGCCUGGCUUAACUUCUCAACACCACAGUCAACCAAGUCCCCUGCAGCCACCUUUGAGAAACAUGGAGAGCAUCUUCCACGGGGAGAGGGCCGCUUUGGCGUGAGCCGCAGGAGACACAACUCUUCCGAUGGAUUUUUCAAUAAUGGGCCCCUCCGGACUGCAGGAGACUGCUGGCAUCAGCCGUCCCUUCUCCGCCAUGAUUCUGUAGAUUCUGGUGUUUCUAAAGGAGCUCAUGUUGGGCUGUCUGGCAGCCAGCCUGGCUGGCAUGGUCCCUCACGGGGCCAUGAUGGUGUGAGCCAGCGUGGAGGAGGAGGAACUGGAGUUCAUCGCCACUGGAAUGGCAACUUCCAUUCUCGGAAAAGUUCCGCCUUUCAAGAAAAGCUGCCUGUUGAAUCCAGGGAAGAGAAGAAGGAAGAUAAAGAGCAUUUGCAGUUUGAGGAGGAAGACUUUCCAUCUUUGAAUCCAGAAGCUGGAAGACAGAACAACCAGAACAAACCUUUAGGGACACCUUCUGGAGUGUGGGAAAACCCCCCUAGUGCCAAGCAACCUACCAAGAUGCUGGUCAUCAAAAAGGUUUCAAAAGAGGAUCCUUCCGCCGCCUUCUCAGCUGCAUUUACAUCACCUGUUUCUCACCUGGCAAAUGGCAACAAAGCCACCACCAUUGUCCCAAGUGUCUACAAAAAUCUGGUUCCUAAACCUGCAGCUCCUCCUUCCAAGCCAAGCCCAUGGAAAGCCAACAGAAGUGAACAUAAACCAGGCUCGCUGUCCUCCACCCGUGACUCUGCCUUUACCAGUCCAGUGUCUGUAACCAAACCAGCGGUACUGGCAAGCGGCUCAGUCCUCACCUCUCCCAAAGAGAGUCCUUCCAGCACCACCCCUCCCAUCGAGAUCUGCUCCUCACGCCUGACGAAGCUGAUGCGCCGGACCACUGACAAAAAGAGCGAAUUCCUGAAGGCACUGAAGGAUGAUAGAAAUGGGGAGAUAACAGAAAACAGGGAAUGUGACAAGCUGGAUGAUAUGGAGAGCAACAGCACACCAGAACCAAAGGAAAACUGGGAAGAGAACUGCCAUCAGAAUGGCCUUUCUCUCCCUUUGCCAGAGGAGGGGGAAAACCUCUCCCAUUCAUUGGAAGCAGAACACAGGUUAUUGAAAGAAAUGGGAUGGCAGGAAUAUCCUGAAAAUGAUGAAAACUACCUUCCCCUCACGGAGGAUGAGCUCAAAGAGUUCCAGAUUAAAUCAGAGCAGCGAAGAAGAAACGGAUUUGGGAAGAAUGGAUUUCUGCAGGGCCGCGGCUCCAGCCUGUUGUUCCACUGGGGAAGCACUUUUAAGACAAAGAUUGAGGACUCAGACACAGAAACAAGUAGCAGCGAAACGUCAGAUGACGAUGCCUGAAAACUGGGCACAAUAAAAUUAAAAUAAAUAAAACCAACCCAAUAAAACUCAGUUCAUAGUUCAA